AUGAAAACGAAUGCCAUCAAUAAAUAUCGACCUUUUCCUGCAGUGGAUCUGGAUGAUCGGGAGUGGCCGAAUCAAGUAAUUGAGAAAGCACCGAUAUGGACUUCUGUGGAUCUGCGUGGGAAUCAGGCUUUGCCGGUGCCGAUGAGUGUGGAGGAGAAGUUAGAGAUGUUUGAGAUGUUGGUGGCGGUGGGUUUUAAGGAAAUUGAGGUGGGUUUUCCCUCGGCGAGUGAGACGGAGUUUUCGUUUUUGAGGAGGUUGAUUGAGGAUGAUCGAAUCCCAGAGGAUGUGACGGUGCAGGUCUUGGUGCAGACGCGACGGCAUUUAAUCGAGCGGACGUUCGAGGCUCUGAGGGGGGCGCGGCGGGCGAUCGUGCAUAUUUAUAAUUCGACGAGUCCAUUGCAGAGGCGGGUGACAUUUUCUGAUGCGUCGAAGGAGGAGAUAAAAAAAAUUGCAGUGGAGGGGGCGGAGUGCGUGAAGGAAUUGGUGCCGAGCUUGCCGGAGACGGAGAUUGUGCUGCAGUAUUCGCCUGAGAGUUUUUCGGAUACGGAGUUGGAGUAUUCAUUGGAUUGUUGUGAGGCGGUGAUGGCGGUGUGGGAGCCGACGCCGGAGAAGAAAAUGAUUCUAAAUUUACCGGCCACGGUGGAGUGGUUCACACCGAAUGUGCACGCGGAUCAGAUUGAGUGGUUUUGUAAGAAUGUGUCGGCCCGUGAGAGUGAUUAUUCUCUGCACACCCAUAAUGAUCGUGGCACGGGGGUGGCGGCAACAGAGCUGGGCUUGAUGGCGGGGGCGGAUCGAGUGGAGGACGCUUUUGGAAAUGGAGAGCGGACGGGGAAUUUGGAUAUUGUGAUUGUGGCACUGAAUAUGAAUAGCCAUGGGAUUGAGACAGGGUUGGAUUUUUCCAAUUUAUUACAGCUGCGUGAGGUGGUAGAGCGGACGACGCGGAUGACGGUGCCGGAUCGCCAGCCUUAUGCGGGGGAGUUGGUGUUUACGGCAUUUUCCGGGAGUCAUCAGGAUGCGAUUAAGAAGGGUCUGGAUCGUCGGAAGAAAGAAUUGAAGGGUGAUGAAGGUUUGAAAUGGGGAGUGCCGUAUUUAACGAUCGAUCCGCAUGAUAUUGGGCGGAGUUAUGAGGCGAUCGUGCGGAUUAAUUCGCAGAGUGGUAAGGGCGGGGUGGCGUAUAUUUUAGAUCAAGAGCAUGGCUUUGAUUUGCCGAAAACGAUGCACCCACAGGUAGGGAAACGAAUUUAUGAUUUAGCCGAUGAACGUGGGAAUGAGCUGACGACGGAGGAGGUGAAGGAGGCUUUCUUUUCAGAGUUCGUGAAUGUGAAUUCGCAUUUGGCGGUCUUGAAAUAUGAGCUGUAUCAUCAGCAGGAUGGCCGUGGUGAGCUGAGGUGUGAGGCGGUGAUCGAGUCGGAUGGAAAGCAGGUCAAGUUGGAAGGUGUGGGGAAUGGUCCGAUCAAUGCUUUUGUGCAGGGGUUGGAAAAAGUGGGGCUGAAGGAUUUCACGCUGACGGACUAUCGUUCACACGCGGUGCGAGGUGGCUCUGAGGCAGAUGCAGCGGCUUAUGUGCAGUUGCGGAUGGAUGAUGGCAGGAGUGUGUGGGGCGCGGGCGUGGAUCCAUCGAUCGAGAUGGCCGGGGUGAAGGCUUUGGUGACGGCGUGGAAUUUGUUGAGGUGA